UGCUGCUAUAUAAGAGCAGCCUCCAGCUUGGAUCUCUCCAUCAAACCAAGCCAUCCAGCGCAGGUGCUUAUUAACCAAGAGUCCAAGAGCCAAGGAGACAACCAGCAGAUCGACAACAACAUGGGGUGCAGCAUGAGCCGCCUCCUCAAGACCACCGUCACGCUGAUCAUCCUCGUCCUUCUCCUCAUGCCCGGGGCCUUAGUCGCCACUAGCUUCGAUGCCUCACGAAGCCAACAGCUGCCGCUGCCGCGUGGGACGGUCCACGGGCCGGAGAGCGUCGCCUUCGACGGUCAAGGCCAGGGCCCCGACAGAGGCGUCUCUGACGGCCGGAUCCUCAAGUGGAACGGCGAAAAGCUAGGAUGGACUACCUAUGCAUAUGGACCCGGCUACGAUAGCAGGACGUGCACGCCGUUCAAGUUCAGCCCGGAGACUGAGACUGCCAGGGAGAGCCGCUGCGGCCGUCCGCUCGGCCUACGGUUCAACCAGAAAUCGGGUGACCUCUACGUGGCCGACGCAUACAAGGGGCUGAUGCGGGUUGCGCCGGGCGGCGGGGAGGCCACCGUGUUGGUCAACCAGGUUGACGGUUUUCCUCUGCGCUUCACCAACGGUGUUGACGUCGAUCAAGUUACGGGUCAGGUCUACUUCACCGACAGCUCGAUGAACUAUCAAAGGUCGCAGCAUGAGAUGGUCACUCGCACUGGGGACUCGACGGGCCGCCUCAUGAGGUACGACCCACGGACAUCCGAUGUCACGGUGCUCCAGGCGGGCAUGACGUACCCCAACGGCGUCGCGCUCAGCGCCGACCGCACUCACCUCGUGGUCGCAUCUACCGGACCAUGCAAGCUGCUGAGGCAUUGGAUCAAAGGGGUCAACGCAGGCACAUCGGAGCCUUUUGCCGACCUGCCCG